CAGCAUGUAAACAGUCCCCGCCGGGAGGAGCCCCGGGACCGGAGGGAGCCGCGCCGCCCGGCCCCGCCGCCUGCCCGAGAGCCCGCAGAGCUGCGCGCUGCCCGCCCGGGAGGAGGGCGCCCGAGGAGAGAGGAGGGCGGGCGGGCGGCGGAGGGAGCGGGAGGCGGGCGGCGCGCGAGGAGGCUGAGCGAGCGGCGGGCGCGGCGGGCCAGGAUGGAUUUCCAGCAGCUGGCUGACGUUGCGGAGAAAUGGUGCUCCAACACGCCCUUCGAGCUCAUCGCCACCGAGGAGACCGAGCGCAGGAUGGAUUUCUACGCCGACCCCGGCGUCUCCUUCUACGUGCUGUGUCCGGACAACGGCUGCGGGGACAAUUUUCACGUGUGGAGCGAGAGCGAGGACUGCCUGCCUUUCUUGCAGCUGGCACAGGAUUACAUCUCCUCCUGCGGCAAGAAGACGCUCCACGAAGUCUUGGAGAAAGUCUUCAAGUCUUUCAGACCUUUGCUGGGGCUUCCGGAUGCGGACGAUGAUGCGUUUGAAGAGUACAGUGCAGAUGUGGAGGAGGAGGAGCCCGAAGCAGACCACCCCCAAAUGGGGGUCAGUCAGCAGUAACCUUCCGAGGGCUCCCGCCUGAGAAGGAGAGUGAACCCCCUGGUACCCGAGGUGGGGUCGCGUGCUCCUGGGUUAGCAUUUUUGCAUUAGCACUUCGAAACAGGACGUCUGACUCCCAGCAUCUAAAUUAAAACUAGGUACCUUUUUAUUGACCGCAAAAUAUCUGGGAUGAGCUUUGCUCAGAAGUGACCUGAAUUUUACUCCCGUUUCAGUGGGUUUCUAUGGGGUUUUCUCAGUAGCCUUUGCCAUUUUGAAUUUAGAGUCCAUUUUGUGGCUGACUGUUCUCUCUUGAGUUUGUGUUGGAGAACUAACAUUAGCGGACUCGAAUGUAGAGAACUCUGAAUGUAUUAAGGAUAUGUUUUGAGUCCUCAAAGGUGACAUUAUUGAGGGAAAGCAUGACAGAGAAGAAAUGCAGUCUGCACUUUUUAUGUACUUUUUAAAUGUCCAUGAGUGAAGGAAUUUGCUUAUAAAGCAUGAGUUUUAAUAUCUAGUCAUUAAACUGCACAAGUGCAAAUACAAGGGCAGAAAAAGAUAAUCACUUAGCUUUGGACGAAGAGGGAGGGGAAGGGAGGCAGAGAAGCCUUUGUUGAAGUGUUCUGGCAUUACUAAGUUACCUGGAUAGAUAGCAGCUGGUUCAUGGUUAGUAUAAACAUUACUUGCAUGUUCAAUUAUUUUAAAACAUGCUAAUUCCAAAGCCACUUUUGAAAUCUAAUAGUGGAAAAUAUCAAUGGGGUGACAAAUGAUUGAUGUCUCUAAAAUCUCUAUAAACUGUCCCACAUGUGAAAUGAAACAUUUACAUUCUCUCUUUAUAACCAGAUGGCAACUUGUUAAAUCAUGAAAACAUUCAGAAUCCAAGUGCCACUUAAACUUUGAAGCCAUAGAUAAAUUUAAUGGGGGAAAUAAACCAGGAUAAAAUUUUUU